CUCUCUCUCUCUCUUUCUCUCUCUGGUUACGCGUAUAUAAAUAAAUAUACAGUGACUGAAAACCAGUCUAGUCAGCUCUGCUCCCACCAUUCAUCUCUUUCAGUCUCAUUAUUCAUUACUUUCUCUAAUAGUCGAAAUCUUACUAGAGUUUGUAGUGAGAAAAGAAGUGCCAUUUGUUGUCCUAUUCCUAUCUGUGUGUGUUCUUGAUAGGCGUUGUGGAGCAGGAACUAUGAAUGCAGAGAUGAAUGGCGGUGAGUUGGAGGGGAAGCAAGAGAAUGGCCAUGAAAAGAUAGAUUAUGUGUUUAAGGUGGUGGUGAUUGGUGAUUCUGCUGUGGGCAAGACUCAGAUAUUGUCCAGGUUUGCCAAGAAUGAGUUCUGCUUUGACUCCAAAUCCACCAUUGGGGUUGAGUUCCAGACCAGGACUGUCACCAUUAAGGGCAAAGUCAUCAAGGCCCAGAUCUGGGACACUGCUGGCCAAGAAAGGUACCGAGCAGUGACAAGUGCAUACUACAGAGGAGCACUUGGGGCCAUGCUGGUAUACGACAUCACCAAGCGACAAAGCUUUGAUCACGUAGCCAGAUGGGUGGAAGAACUGCGGGCCCAUGCGGAUAGUUCGAUCGUGAUCAUUCUGAUUGGAAACAAAGCUGAUCUUGUGGAUCUGAGGGCAGUUCCAAUGGAGGAUGCUAUGGAGUUUGCAGAGAAUCAGGGCCUGUUCUUCUCUGAGACAUCAGCUCUCAGUGGUGACAAUGUGGAAUCUGCAUUCUUUAAACUGCUAGAAGAGAUACACAGUGUGGUCUCCAAGAGGGCCUUGGAUUGCGACAAUGGAAAAUCCAAUGAUAGCAAUGCGGGCUUGCCUAGAGGAUUGAAAAUCGAUGUCAUAUCGGGCUCGGAUUUUGAAGUUAGUGAGAUGAAGAAAUUAUCUGCUUGCUCUUGUUGAUCUUAAAGUCAAAUAAGAGAUACAGAGUGGAGUUUGUUACUCGUGGAACUUGAUUUAAUCUUCCUGUCAAUUGUGUUUUUAAGGAAUGAAGAAGAGUGAUGAGUGUAUUUAUAGUGUGU